UAACCCACCAUCUUUACGCCACCUUCAUAUAUCACCCUAUAAAUACCCUUCAUUUUCUCUCUUCUUCAAAACCAAUUCAUCCUCACACAAAGAUGGUCCCAAUAACUCACACCAAAUGUAUUCUUCCACCACCCUCCUCCACCGCCUUCCUCCUCCUCCUCCUCCUCACCGGAUUCUUGAUUUUCUCUGGAGUAGAAUCAAGAGCUCCGUUUGCUUGUGACCCGAGUAAUCGCGGCACCAGUAACUUCCCGUUUUGUCGGGUAAAUCUACCAACUAGAGACAGGGUCAGGGACUUGUUAGGUCGUUUAACUUUGGCAGAAAAAGUAAGACUGUUGGUGAAUAAUGCAGCGGGUAUACCCCGGUUAGGAAUUCAAGGGUAUGAAUGGUGGUCUGAAGCGUUACAUGGCGUUUCCGACGUCGGUCCAGGAACCAAGUUUCUUCCCACGUUUCUUGGUGCCACACAGUUUCCUCAGGUCAUCACCACUGCUUCAACAUUUAACGACACUUUAUGGGAAGAAAUUGGACAGGUGGUAUCUAAUGAAGCACGAGCAAUGUACAAUGGAGGAAAGGCGGGACUGACAUUUUGGAGUCCAAAUGUGAAUAUUUUCCGUGAUCCAAGGUGGGGUCGAGGUCAAGAAACACCUGGAGAAGAUCCAACAUUGGCUGCUCGAUAUGCUGUAAGAUAUGUUAAAGGACUUCAAGGAAACGUGGGUGAUAGACUGAAGGUUGCAGCUUGUUGCAAGCACUACACUGCUUAUGAUCUUGAUAACUGGAAUGGAGUUGAUCGCUUCCACUUCAAUGCAAAGGUGAGUAAACAAGAUUUGGAGGAUACAUAUAAUGUUCCCUUCAAGGCUUGUGUUUUAGAAGGUAAAGUUGCAAGUGUGAUGUGUUCGUAUAAUCAAGUCAACGGCAAGCCAACUUGUGCGGACCCAUAUCUCCUUAAAAAUACGAUUCGUGGGGAUUGGCGUCUUAACGGAUACAUCGUGUCGGAUUGUGAUUCGGUUGGGGUUAUGUAUACUAAUCAACACUAUACCGCUACACCGGAAGAUGCAGCCGCUGACAGCAUCAAAGCAGGUCUUGAUUUGGAUUGUGGCCCAACUUUGGCGGUGUAUACCGAGGGGGCAAUAAAACAAGGGAAAUUGAAAGAGGUUGAUGUCGAUGGGGCCUUGUCCAACACGCUCACGGUUCAAUUUCGUUUGGGCAUGUUUGAUGGGCCGAGACAACCUUAUGCAAACUUAGGGGUACCAGAUGUUUGUUUAAUGUCAAGUAACCAGCUUGCGUUAGAAGCGGCCCGCCAAGGCAUUGUUCUUCUCGAUAAUCGUGGAAAAGGCCCGCCAUUGUCAACAUUUCGGCAUCGAACCGUUGCGGUUAUCGGUCCCAAUUCUGAUGUGACAGUCACCAUGAUAGGCAACUAUGCUGGAAUUGCGUGCGGGUAUACUACCCCGUUACAAGGUAUAGCUAGAUACGUUAAGACAAUUCAUCAAGCAGGGUGUUCUGAUGUUAGUUGUAAAGGGAGCCAAUUAAUUGGGGCGGCUGAAGGAGCGGCCCGACAAGCCGAUGCAACCGUGUUAGUUAUGGGCCUUGAUCAAUCAAUUGAAGCCGAAGCAAGAGAUCGGGUGAACAUACUCUUACCCGGACAUCAACAAGAGCUUAUAUCAAGAGUUGCCAAGUCUUCGAGAGGUCCUGUUGUGCUCGUCUUGAUGUCGGGUGGCCCACUUGACAUCACCUUCGCUAGAAACGACCCUAGGAUUUUGGCUAUAAUUUGGGCCGGGUAUCCGGGUCAAUCAGGUGGAACCGCCAUCGCUGAUGUGUUAUUCGGAACAACCAAUCCAGGAGGAAAGCUACCGAUGACAUGGUACCCACAAGGGUACUUGGCUAAAGUGCCAAUGACUAAUAUGGGAAUGCGGGCCAACCCGGCCCAAAACUACCCGGGCCGGACCUACCGUUUCUACAAAGGACCCGUGGUCUAUCCAUUUGGGCAUGGUCUAAGUUACACAACCUACCAACAUUCCAUUGCUCAAGCCCCAACAUCACUAUCUGUUUCUAUGCUAUCAGUCCAUCUCGAGAACAACAACUCCACGACCCUGACCAACGGGGUUCGUGUAUCCCACACGAAAUGCUCCACCCUCGCCAUGGGUAUACACAUCGACGUGGAAAACACAGGAACCGUAGACGGGACCCACACCGUGAUGGUAUUCUCAAGCCCGCCGGAAGGGAAAUGGGCCACAAACAAGCAAUUGGUGGGGUUCCAAAAGGUCCAUGUGGUGGCUGGAGGGGUAGAAAGGGUGGCAAUUGACCUUCAUGUGUGCAAACACUUGAGUGUGGUGGACAAAUUUGGGAUCCGAAGGGUUCCAAUGGGUGAACACACUCUUCAUAUUGGUGAUCUUAAGCAUUCUUUAGCUAUCAAACCAACACUAGAAGAAAUUAAGAAUUGAUAAUGACUUUUCACGUUAGACCCUUUUACUAUUAAAAAGUUGCAUUCUUACCCUCCUACUUUCGCCCCUGAGUUAAAGCAGCAACUGUAAAUGGGGUGUUUAGUAGAUUAUUUUAGUUUUCUUUUUUAUUUUAAAAGAAAAAUAGUCAAGGGACUAAAACCCUAUAGAUGUAAGAUGUGAGCUACUUAUUUUGUGUGCUUUAUGAUUGUAUGGUUUUAUUGCAACAAAUUUACAGAAAAAAGUGCAAAUAAACAUAUUUUUAUCUUCUA